AUCAUUCUCAGCAUCACAGCACAAGAACUAUAACUUUGUAACAGCUGAUAUCAUUCCAAAUAAACUUCAUCAGCUAUUCAAACAACCUUAUUAAAUCAACAAAAUGGCUGGAACGAUUGCGAAGCAACAAGCAGGCGUGGAUGUUGAGACGUACGGGCCUUUUGGCAAUCAAAGUGGUGUAAAAUGGUCGUUGGUGCUUGACCCCAAUGAAUAUAUAACCCAAAUAAUCCUAAAAACUGGCGCUUUGGUUGAUUCAAUUGUGUUUGCCACUACAAAGCCCACAGCUUUUGGUCCUGUCACAAAUCGGCGCAAGUUUGGCGGUGAUGGUGGCCCUAACGAAUUUAAGAUAGAACUGAAAGAUGGGGAGUACAUUACACGGAUAAGUGGAGCAAUUGGGACAUGGAAUUCGAAUCGUGAAGUGGCUAAGCUCAAGAUAUAUACUAAUUUGCAGCCCGAUGGGUACGGCCCUUAUGGAGGUACACAAGCCACGAAGGAUCUUUCUGAGUUUUCAUCAACAAUUCCAUCCGGUGGUCGUGUUCUUGGCUUUUUUGGAACUUUAAAUAAUUACCUACAAUCAAUUGGAGUCUACGGAAAUAAGAAAAUUGUGCAGUAUGGACCGUAUGGAAAUCAAUUGAAAGGUCAACAGUUCUCCACUAAGAUCGAUGGGAAUGAAGUUAUAAAAGAAGUGAUUAUAAGGCAUGGAAAAUGCAUCAAUGCAAUUGGGUUGGUUUCCGCAAGUGCUUUGUCUGCCUUUGGUGGCACCUUAAUCAAUAAUGAAUCUAAGAUUAUGCUAAAGUCUGAAGAAUACAUAACAAAAAUAAGUGGAACUUCUGGAGAAUAUGAAUUCGCCAAUAAUGAACGUGUGAUCUCCACAUUGAAGAUACAUACAAAUCUUCGUCAGGAUGGUUAUGGACCAUUUGGAACCGGGGAGGAUACCAAAAAUUGUAAUGUGUUUUCAUUUCCUGACGAAUUUAAUGGACGCAUUGUUGGAUUCUUUGGACAUGCUGAUGACUACCUUUAUUCUCUUGGAAUCUAUGCUCAAUAGAAUGAUCUUAAGUUUAGGCAGUGCUUGGAUGUUAUGGCUCCCACCAGCAAAAUGGCCGAUUCACGAUCUUUCUAUUUAUGUCUGCAUUUAAUUAAAGAGUUUUAAGUGUAUUUGUUAUUUUCUUUGAUUCUAAUAUUUCCUUCAAUAAGCCAUCCACAUGUACUAUCAAUUUGGGUUGCCCUUUGAAUUAAAUAUGAUUUGUUGUAAUCUUAAUCAGUUAUUAUUACUUUUUACUAAUUUCCUUUCAAUAAUACCUACUUUUGAUUAAUCAUAAAUAAUACUAA